GGGGGGUGGUCCCUGGCAUUGCCCGCCUGACCCCCGGCCGUGCCACGUCGCGCCCCACGACAGAUUCUGUGGAACCCGAGCCGCUGCAGCACCAACAUGAGCGUGGGCUUCAUCGGGGCCGGUCAGCUGGCCUUCGCCCUGGCCAAGGGCUUCACGUCAGCAGGUGUCCUGGCUGCCCACAAGAUAAUGGCCAGCUCCCCAGACAUGGACUUGGCCACCGUUUCUGCUCUCAGGAAGAUGGGGGUGACCCUGACGCCCCACAACAAGGAGACAGUGCGGCACAGCGACGUGCUCUUCCUGGCUGUGAAGCCCCACAUCAUCCCUUUCAUCCUGGACGAGAUUGGCACCGACAUCGAGGACCGCCACAUCGUGGUAUCCUGUGCUGCCGGCGUUACCAUCAGCUCCAUCGAGAAGAAACUGACCGCCUUCCAGCCUACCCCCAAGGUCAUCCGCUGCAUGACCAACACGCCCGUGGUGGUGCGGGAGGGCGCCACCGUGUACGCCACAGGCACCCACGCCCAGGUGGAGGACGGCCAGCUGCUGGAGCAGCUCAUGAGCAGCGUGGGCUUCUGCACUGAGGUGGAGGAAGACCUCAUCGAUGCUGUCACCGGGCUCAGCGGCAGUGGCCCUGCCUACGCAUUUACGGCGCUGGACGCUCUGGCCGAUGGCGGUGUGAAGAUGGGGCUCCCACGACGCUUGGCGGUCCGUCUCGGUGCCCAGGCCCUGCUGGGGGCUGCCAAGAUGCUGCUGGACUCAGAGCAGCACCCGGGCCAGCUCAAGGACAACGUCUGCUCCCCGGGUGGCGCCACCAUCCAUGCCCUGCACGUGCUGGAGAGCGGUGGCUUCCGCUCGCUGCUCAUCAAUGCUGUGGAGGCCUCCUGCAUCCGUACACGAGAGCUGCAGUCUGUGGCUGCCCAGGAGAAGGUGUCACCUGCGGCCAUCAAGAAGACUGUGCUGGACAAAGUGAAGCUGGACGACCCUGUCGGGGCGUCACUGUCCCCUUCUGGCUUCACC